UUGUUUUUUUUUUUUUUAACUUUCUACUUGAUUAGAAAAUGAAAUUCUUGCACUCUGCUAUAAAUGAAGCGCUGGAGGUUUGCUCCAUCAGAACACCAGGAGACCUGAGAGUUUGCUUCACACUAAGGAAAUUUCUACAUUUUUCAAAAAUGAUCAGCAGGAUUUUCAUCGCUUGCCUGUUUCUCGGGAUGUACAGUACGGGCUCCUCGCUAAGUUGCAAAUGGAUUGUAAAACAUCCAGGCAACAAAAUGAGUCAAUUCAGUCUGCACAACAAAAUAGCUUUAGGUCAACUUCAUAUGAUGGUGAGUGCACUUCUUUGCAUAAUGUUUAAUAUGAUUACUAACACCACUAAAAUUGAGCACAACGUGACGUUCCCUAAUCAACUGUAUCAACAGACGUCCAACGCAACAGAUGAGGAUAAACUGGCUUUCGUAGUUCAGAUUCUGAAGGAGGUGUUUGACCUGUUUGAGAAGAAUCGCAGCUCUGCACCAUGGGAGGAGAACACAGUGGAGAACUUUCUCAAUAUAGUCAACAAACAGGCUGAGAAGCUUCACUCCUGUGUUGGAAGCCACAGCAAUACGACACAGCUGACGCAUUUCAAGGGGCUCUCAAAUGAAACCCUAAAGGACAAUGGUUACAGUGCUGAAGCCUGGGAGGAGAUCAGGAACAUAACACAAGCCCAUCUGAGACAAUGUGCGUCCCUGGUUGAAACUCUGGAAACUGCCCAAUAAAACUUG